AUGGCAUUAGUGCUUGUGGAUAAUGGUUACACUGGGACACUGGGAAGGAAAAGGAUUGUGGUUUACAACAAUGGGGAAGCUUCUCCUCCAUUGACUCCGUUGAAGAGAAUGUCAGUGAUAAAGGUGUUGUGUGGUGUGGACCAUGAAGAUUUGAAGCAGCUUUUUCAUGUCUCCAAAACGAUUAGAAAAGCAACUCUGAUUGCGAAGCAGCAUUUUGACUAUUUAACACCGAAGAAGAAAAUUUUGGCUUUUCCUAUUCUAUUUGAAACUCCAAAUGCACCAUUGAGGAAAUACAACAAGUCAAGGUUGAACGGGAGAAAGCUGGCUGAUAUCGCGGGAACCUUGUUUGCUUCAAUGGACGGAGAAUAG